AUGUCGACUUUCACCGGGACAACGCAGAAAUGCAAGUCUUGCGAUAAAACUGUCCAUUUCGCGGAGAUGAUUACAGCCGAUGGUACUCCUUAUCAUAAGACAUGCUUUAGAUGUAAACAAUGCAAUGGUCGCCUUGAGAUGGGUAGAUACUCACUGGUGGAAGGAGUCUUGUAUUGCAAACCACAUUUUGAGCAAUUUCUAAGGGAAACUGGUGGCGUGGCCAAAAAACCACAAUCUUCUGCGAGGGAAAGCAUGCUGACUAGGACUCCAAGUAAGGUCUCAACUCUUUUCUCUGGUACCCAAGAUAAAUGUGCUGCUUGCAAGAAGACUGUAUACCCUGUUGAGAAGGUGACGGUUGAAGGAGAAUUUUAUCACAAGUUAUGCUUCAAAUGUGCCCACGGAGGAUGCAAGCUUGAGAUGUCUAACUAUGCUGCGCUCGACGGGUUUCUCUAUUGCAAAACGCACUUUAUCCAACUGUUUAAGCAGAAGGGUAACUAUAGUCAUUUAACAAAGACAUCGUCUAUUAAUAAAAAGAACGAGCAAUUAGACCAAGAAUCUACUAAGUCAAGUCUGCCCGAUGAACCCGAAGUAGACAAAGUUGACCCAGAUAAUUCAUCUUCGAGCCAGACAGAUGAUCAUCCGGAAGCAUAA